AAUGGAAUGAAUGAGUGUGGAUAGACAAUAUGCAGCUGUGGCACAUCCGUGGCUCAUCGUCGUGGGUGGAAAGUGACACUCCUCCCAGGAGGCAACGCCAUGAUUUCAAACGCUGUGUCUGUUUCGUCCGGAGGAAGGAGCGCUGCUUAUUGUGAGAAAACCUGUUGGAUUCUCUUACUGGAUUACAUCAGAAAUAUUGUCAAAGUUUGGAGGAUUUGGCAGCCGAGCAGAAUGAAUCUGUGCCUGCAGGCUUGAAUUGAUGUGGAGGAAAGAUGCAGAGGACGACCCAAGGCUCCUUUGAUGCCAAUACCCAUUUUCAGAAUGAACCUCAUCAGUUUCCUCAUCCUCCAGCGUCGUCCUUUGGCUCCAGCGUGACUGCGGCCAGCCCAGCCAAGAGAAUUAACUUCUACAAGAGUGGCGACGUUCAGUUCAAAGGUGUCAAGAUGGCCAUCCAUAAGCGCAGUUUCAGAUGCUUUGAUGCCUUAUUGGAUGACCUUUCCCAAAAGGUUCCUCUACCUUUUGGUGUGCGUACCAUCACGACCCCCAGGGGGACCCACAGCAUUAAACAUUUAGAGCAGUUAGAGGACGGACGCUGUUACCUGUGCUCUGACCGCCGCUACGUUAAGCCAAUCAACAUGGAAGCUGCGGGGAAGAGGCCGGCGGUCUGGCACCAUCACAGUCACCCGCAUAACCCUCGCCGCAAGCCCUCCCGACCUGAGGAGCCCCCCUCAGGACAUCAGCACCACCAUCGGCACCCCAAAAGGAUUGUUCUGGUAAAAAACAAUGACCCUACUGUUAGGCGAUCCAUCAUUCUGAGCAGACGAACCGCUCGGAGUCUUCGCGUCUUCAUGGACGAGAUUUCAGAACUCAUGCAGUGUCAUGUCAAGAAACUCUACACUCUGGAGGGACGUAAGAUUGACAAUAUUCAGAGUCUGAUGCAGUGUCCUAGUGUGCUGGUCUGUGUGGGUCGAGAGCCCUUCAGGCCGCUGCUCAUGGAAAGCUUGAAGAAGCUCUCAGACGAAAAGCUUCCAGGAAUGGGCACAAGGUCUCACUCCAGUGUCUGCAGUGAAGGCCAUGAAAGCAAAAAGAAUGUUAACUUUGGCCUGGAGACAAAGAAAAGCAUUAUCCAUCCACGAUCAGACUCCAGUAAUAGAUCUACAAGAUUCUCUCUUUCUUCAGAAAAGUCCUAUCAAAAUGGAAUAUGCAUGACACCAGGACAGUCCGGUUGCAUCAGCAACUGUCCUUAUGUUAAAGAAGUUAUAGUGAACGAUGACAUUGAGAAAAGAGUGCUUGUUAACAAAGACGGCAGCGUUUCUGUGGAGAUGAAGGUUCGCUUUCGGCUGUACAACGAUGAGACUCUUCAGUGGUCCACCGAGAUCAAGAAGUCAUCAGUGAAAGUGAACGACUCUGGCUCUGUAAAAGAUGCAGAUUAUCUUCAAUCUCAAGCUGAGUUUUCAGACCCAGACUCCAUAUCUGCAUCAGAGACUGAUGAAGCCUUUGCAACAAAGCUACAUCAGAAGCAUAUCGAGGAAACACUUUGUCAGAACUGUUGCAAUCACUGCCAAGAGUACGACAUCUGGAAAAACCCCAUGCACAAAGAAACGGGGGCCUGUAAAUCAUCUAGUUCCAGUGCAUCGUCUCACAAAGUUGUACACAAAAAGUCAUCGGUGGAUAGUACACGCACAAUUUCUUGUUCCAGCAGUGAGUACACUGAGCAUGUGGUGGAAAAGGCCGUGUGCGUUCAGCAGACAAUGGAGGAAGGCGAAACUAGAGUAGAAUACUGUGCAAUAAGUUGUUGCUGCAAUCGAGGUGAAGUAUCAUCUGUUGGCGUCAUGUCAAAGAGCAAGAGAUCUUGUGAGGACGACUGUGAGAGUCACGCUAAAGCUAAAUAUUCUCAUAUGGAACCUAAAAUCUCUCCUACUCCACAUUGUGAGGUCAUUAAGGUAAUGGAAGAGCGUCCGGUGUCUGCAGUCAGCAACUCAUCCAAAGUGCUUGAGUCUUUGAGGGAAGAUCAGGAUGAUGAUUAUGAUGAUCUGCCUCCAAGCAUCUCAAGAGCAUCACACUGGUCUCAAAGUGACCAUCUUGAGAGUGAUGCUCAACCCAAAUGUGUUCAUUGUUGUGUCUACCAGUCUUCACCAACAUCUUAUUUGUCCCCCAGACCUCCAAGUAAAGAAUCAAGCAGUGCUGUUCACUCACUUAAGCUCAAAAAGUAUAAAACCACUUUUGCAGCACCAGCAGAGCCAGAUGGGAUGAGUAUGACAUCUCCGAUUUCAAAAGUGUCCUCCAGAUCACAUCCUUGUCAGUGUGGAACCAUAACCCCAAGUUCAGUUGCAUCUGGUAGGCAGCACGGGCCUAAGGGAGGGGCUUGUAAUACAAAUUCCAGACAUAGCCAAGCGCCUUGUAAAUCUAGAGGUCAAGCAAACACCCCUGGAUCCAAUGCAUCCGAUGCUCUGAAGAUAUGUGACAAAGAUGCUGCAAACAGAUCUUUAAGUGCCACAUCAGGUGUGUCGAAACGAUCUGGCGAGUCUGGUGUAUGUUCAUGCUGUGGUGAGCAUAAAAGAUUUAAUGGGAAUCCAGAGGGGAGCGAAGCAGAGAAAGCUGAUUCCAUAGUGUUAAAGUCAAACAAAUCUGCUGUAUCCACUUCAAAUGCUCAUGAAAACUGUGAACCAGUUAAUAAUAUGUCAGAAGGGGAAGCCACUCGGGAACACUCUGAGUCUGCACUGUCUAAAAAUUCAAAUGCCUCUUCUACUUCAAAAAUCUCAAAAAAAUCCAACUGCUCUGCACAUGAAAUGUGUUCUGUUGGGAAAUCAUCAAAAUCUGAACAUAAUGAAGCAGAAAGUGUUGAAGAAAGAACCAAAAGUGCCACACCAGUAAGGUCAGUCGGGUCAGACUGCAUUGCUUCAGAGAGGGAGCCCACACCAGCCUUGGAAAUGGAUAAAGCUGAAGAAAAAAGCCAAGAAAGAGUUGUCAGCCCAAUGUCAGCCCGUUCAAAUUUAUCAGCUGCAUCGAGGACAUCCCACAAAUCAAAGUCUCAACAUUCAGAGAAUGCUAACAUGCCUAGAUCUUGUAGUCCAAAUGAUUUAGAAGUGCCAUCAAACUUAUUUAAUUCUCAGGGUGAUAUAUCAGAAAGUGCUGCUACUCAGAGUCAUACUACGACAGAUAAUCAUUGUGGACAAGACACAGAGUUUCCUCAAGAAGUGAGAUCAGCUAGUGCCAUGUCUAAUAAAUCAAACCGAACUUCUGAACAUCCGUCACAUGCAUCAGAGCAAACAACUAAGUCUGUCAAAUCUUGUUGCGACUUGCAAGAAAAGGCCACUCAAAAUGCCAGCAGUCCUGAUGUUCAGUGUGAGCCGGAAACUGAGGUAAUCACUGAAGGAAGACUAUGCAGUCCACUGUCCAACUGCUCCAAAAUAUCUGUGAAGUCACAUGCAUCCUCAAAGAAUUCACACGCAGAGUCUAAAUCUAAGGAAAGAGUACCUAUUGCAAUGUCUGUUAAAACAAACACAUCUAAAGGAUCUUGUAGGUGCCACAAAUCAAACCACAAUGUUCCAGAAACCACAGUUUCCUCAGAACCAAUUGAUACAACACCUAAUGAAUGUGCAACUCCAGAAAAUGAGUCAAACAGAGCCACCAGCGCAAUGUCUCAGACCUCAGAAAAGUCUAAUGCCUGCUUUGAAAGAUCUGUCAAAUCCACUGCACAGAGCAUUGUAUCUCAGGAAGUGGAGAAUGGCAAAGACAUGACACAGAAUUCCUUAACUGUGACCUCUCCAUUGCCUAGGUCAAAGAGGUCCCCAUCUCCUAGGUCAAAGAGGUCUCCAUCUCCUAGGUCAACCCACAACACUGAAAUUAAGAAAACUGAGAGCAGAGCUCCAAGUGGGAUGUCAGUAAGCUCUAAUGUAUCCUCACAAUCCCAAAAAUCCAGUAAAUGUCAUUGUCUCAACUCCUCAAGUGGUCAUUUGAGAGAACAAAAGACUACGAUGCUAAAAGAGGAUACCAAAGAUGAAUCUGAGAGCUUGUCAGGAAAAUCAAAACUGUCAGCUAAAUCUUUUAUAGAUAACAUUAAGUCUGCAGGCAACCAGUUUGAUGAACCUCUAAGUCCUACAUCAACAGCAUCCGUUUCUCUUGGACUAGGAGAAGAGCACAAUGGUGAUGACUUUGAUGAACGAUCAACCAGUGGCAUGUCAGUUACCACAGAGAAAGCUGGACACCAGUUAGAGAAUGUAAAUGGAGUGGAUGCAGAGGAAAGGCCAAGGACAGAAACGUCUAUGAACUCUGCAAUUUCAGACAAAUCCAAAAAGUCCCAUAACAAGAACUGUAAGACUUCUGUUCAAGCUCUCUCACCUGUCUCAGCUGAAAGCAUCAUGUCAGCAGAACUCAAGAAAAGCAAGUCGGGAAGCCAGUUAAAUGAAAACAAUAUCAGAGUGCCCUCCACUUUGUCACUGUCAUCUUCACGAAGUAAGUCACCCUCGAGAGUUUCACAGGGAAGUGCUAAAAAUACAGCUAGGAAAGACAGAGAUUGUGAAGCUGUCAACAACACCAACCAUGCAGAAAUGAAUGAAACAUCUUCAAAACAUGACCAAAGUGAAAGAACCUCUGAAAAAUCUAUGCCAGAAAGUGACCAUUUAAACUCUUCAAAAACAUCUGAGCAUUCUGUGAAGUUCAAAAAUGGGCACAGUACUAAAGAGAGUGAGAGAUCUAAAUGUAAAAGAUCUAAAUGUUCUUCCCAGUGUUUGGAAAUAAAUGGACUGAAUAUAAAAUAUAAUGGAGACAGUGAUGGUGCCUUGUCAUCCGCAUCAGACAGAAGAUCUAUGAAAAAUUAUGCAUCCAGGCCAAAUUCAGCAGGGAUGUCUGAUAUUUCCCAAAAUUGUGUAAGUCUAGCACAAGAGAUCCCAAACAAGAAUAAAGCAUCAUUCAAGCAUCCUGGUUCCUCAAGUGACAGUGUUUUAUCUCGGGCACUUUCAGCGGCAGAUCUGUUAAAAGAGAUUGUCGGCAAUGCAAGACCAGUCAGCAGAGGAUCAAAGUCAGUUGCCUCCAAAAAUAUCGACAAGGUAGAAAAUAAAAGCCAGAAAAGCAGCAGGAGCAAACACAGCAAAAUCAGCAUCUCAUCGGAGUGCAACAACAAGGAGCUGAUGCCAUCAUACUUACCGAACGCUUCCCCUACAGAAGUUGUGAAUGACUGGCUUAGGAACAUUCCCAUUGAUGGCCAUGUUUAUGAAAUGAAUGUCGAACUCACUGAAGAUAUGACCUUGACUCAAGGUGGCGAGGACACUUCUCAAAGAGACAAAGUUGAGGCACCAGAAAGCAUAAUAGAGGUUGAGAAACCUCACGAUGAUCAAGCAGGUGAGAAUCCUAUUCAGCAGGAGACCAAUGACAUUUGUGUUGAGGGAGAGUUGUGCGACGAAAGAGCACAAUUGGAAGUAAGUACUAUAGAUCCCAACCCCAAAGCAAUAAUUAAACAAGACAGUUUGCAAAAGCAACAUCAUUCUUCGGUUCAGGUCAUGAAGGUUUUACUGGGUCCAAAACUAGACAGAUCCAAUAGUUUACCUGAGGUCUCCCCUGUAUAUGGCAGAAAAUUAAGCCAGUCUGCUCAAGGGCUGUUGGACUGCCUUGCGAACUUACGAUUGAUUGACUCAGACUCUAAAAAUGAAAAGCAUCAUAAAUAUAAUGAAGUUAUGAUGCUCCUACAGUCACUCUGGCUCCAAAAGCCCUCUGAGGAUGAGCAGAAAAGCCAGAACGCAAAUGAACACCCCUCCGCUGAAGAUGAAUUUAACCCACGGUCUUCAUCUGGGGUUGAUGUUAGCAGCGGCUCCACCGGCUCCGUUAAAGAUAGCAUGAAUGGCAUAUUAGAAAAAAUAGAGACUGUACAAGGCAUAAUACCACCAAAUGCCAAACGAGAGGGCUCACUGCAAGAUAAAGAUGAAGAAGAUCAGGUCAAUUCUACAGCUCAAGCAUGCGAAUGUUUAGAUCCAUCCAAAGUCCCCUCAGAUCCAGUAACUCCAGAAACUGCAGAGCAAGUCCUGGGGAGUCCAGUAAAUACACAACUGGAUGAUGACCAAGUAAAUGGUGCAGUGCAAGAAGACUAUGUUGAAAGCAGUGAGAAUAAGAAUGAAUCAGAUCAAACGCCACUAACAACCUCUUACAAGAGCUCUGGGAAUGAGAGUAAUACUAUGAAAUCUCAAGAAAAUACAAGCUCAGGAACUCCAACGUCUGUUCAGAGAGCUCCGCUUACUAAAAGGGUUUCACAAGACCCAGAUCCCGUUUGGGUGCUGAGCUUAUUAAACAAGCUAGAAAAGCAGUUCAUGUUACAUUACGCAGAUGCCAUGGCAGAGUUCAAAGUGAGGUGGGAUUUGGAUGACAAUGAGAUGCUCGAUAAGAUGAUAACUGAGCUGAAAGAGGAAGUACACAAAAGGAUCCAAUCGAGUAUUAACCGAGAACUGAAAAAAAUCCAAAGUCGGGCUGGCAGGGGUCCGAGACCUCCGGGAAAUACUCCAUCGAGAGAGUCUACGGUCCACACUGAGCAGCGACGCAAGCGUCUUCGGGUCAUGCGCAAUAAGUCCAUCUUGUCAAGGAGUGACGAAAAUUACACUGCGUCAGGAACCGAAUGCAGCGAUCAGCGCAGUGACGAUGAGUACUGCCCAUGUGAUGCAUGCAUGAAAAAGAAGAUGACGUCCAGAACGGCCCAACGAGCUCAGGCUUUGAGUUUGGCUCCAGUUAUGAUGGAAUUUGAUCUGCGGAAAAUUUUGCAAAUGAAAAAGGAUCCAGCCCAACCUACAGAACCAAAAACAGAAGAACAACACUCUACCAACUUGACUUGUGCAGUUGAGAAAGAAGAGAACAACUUAGAAGUGGUUCAUGAAGAGGUAGAGGAAGCAAAUGACAAUACUAAAGACCAUAAAUUUGAGUCGGCAGAUCAAGAACCAGACGGUGUUGUCAAUACAGUAGAUGAAGGCAAAGAUGUAGACUCUGGAAAUUCUGAGACAAGAGAUCCAAAUGAAGAGGAAGCAAAUGACAAAAGAGAUUCUGGUGAAGAACGGGUGGAAAAUGAAGAAGGUGAGGAUGUAAAAGAAGAAAUGGUGGCAAAUGGCAAGACAGAUGCUGAGGAGGAAGAGAAAGUAGAGAUUGUUGAGGAUGAGACUGAAAAAGAUACAGAAGAGGACUGUGAGGAGAAAGACAGUCCCAAGGGAGAUGCAGCAAGUGCAAAAAAUAGUGAUACGGCUGUGGAGGUGGAAAAAGAGGAUGAGAUGAAAGAAACUGGUGAGGAAAUUGAAUUGGAUGACAGGGACGCAGAAACUGAGACUGGGAAAGAGAGUACAGAAGACAAGUCUGCAGAAGAUGGAGGUGAAUCUAAUUCAAAUAAAGACGAUACACCUAUUGAAGGUGAAACGUCAGAUGAAACUCCAAAUGACGAGUCCACCAGUGAGAAGAAUGCUGAUGGGAACCAGGAUGGAGCUGCAAAGAAUGAUGCCAAUGAAGGUGGGACAUCAGACACAGGACAGGACGAGGACUGGCCUGAAGAAAACUCCAAGGAGGUCAUGAAAUAUCAUGAAAUGAACAAAUGUAGCUCUGUUGAGGAAGAAAAAUCUGAUGAAGCUGUUGUUGAGAACUGGGAGAGCACACUAGCGAAACAGGUUACGAGAACGUCAGUGGAGUCUCAACCAGGAUCCGUGGAGAACUGCAUGAAUCAGACAGCUAAACUGAAAGAUCUUCAGAGUUUCAUGGAGAGUGUUGAAAGUCAAGGAGAUAGCAUGGUUGUAAUUACUAAACAACCAGUGUACAAAGAGCCACAUGGAAACAAAAAGGACAUGUGCAAUGGCUUGACUGAAUGGCAGGUGUCUCCUAAAAUAAGCAACAGGGCCAGUAAACAAAAGAAAGGACACUGAUGUUAUGGUGAGCAAUGAAGAAUUAUAAUCAUUUGAUAUUCCCUCAUAUAAAGCACUUUAUUACUAAUGUUACUUUAGAUGGGACUUGGAUAAUGAGGAUGUGAGAUGAUUAAUCUCACUUCAAAGACAUCUAAAGAGCUAAAUAGAAACUUUUAAGAUAUUUCAAAACUGUAUAUUGUACGAUUCUGUAUAUUUCCAUGUAGUCAAAGUAUUGUUUUAUUGAGUCUGUUUAAAAGGGUCCUAUUAUGCUUUUUCACUUUUUCACGUUUAGUUAGUCUGUAAUGUUGCUGUUUGAGC